AUGGCUACUACCGAGCCGCCCCUCUGCGUUGCCUCCAACAGCGAUUCUGUCUUCCUCGCCACCCUCGAUGACUCACAAGCGUACAGGAGCAGACCCCCAGCAGUCGUGAUCUAUAAGAGUCAAAAGAACCCAACCUCUUUGGCAUCGAUUCAAUGGACAUCCUUAAGUUCAAUCCUCGUCAACGGUCCCAUCCCAGGCGUUCUACCUUUCGACAGCAACGGCUACUGGUGUGCCGCGGACGACAGCGGAGCGUUUGUAAUUAUUUCUGGGGCCAAGAAUACGAAUUCAUGGUCGUCGAAUCCCUACAGCGUUGGUCACAGCAAUGGUUUGUUGUAUAUCCCUCCUCCACCAACAAACCCCAAUUCUGGCGGUGGUACCAUUGGAGGUCCGGCUGCAGGCGUUGGGUUCAGUAAUGUGAUCACAAACGGCUACUAUCCUUGCAUCGAUAAUUCGGGGCAAUGCAGUGGCUACUUGUAUGCUCUGCCGAGCGCGACAGCAGGAGCCCCGUCCAAUUUUGUGUUGGCCAUGUAUAAUUCUUCGGGGUACUCGCUCGAGGUGCUUGAUCGAACAACCAAAAAGUUCACCACCCUCGUUGAUAUUUCCGUGAGCGCCGCUACCUCCUCUCCUAACGCAUUUGGAUACACCAACAACAAACUUGUAACGCUGACGCCGCCUGGAGGACAAGCAAUCAGCCUGAAUUCACAAGGUCUACCUCCACAAGGCAACGGAACCUCGUCUAGCGCCAACUUGGAUGCGAGUGUGAUGAGCGAGUGCGGGGUGAUAAAACGAGGCAUGUACGCCAAUGGUAGCACGAUCACCAAGCUGGCAACGGUCACUGAACGGACUGAUGCCGCCCUUCAAGGCGUUAUCCCAGUCCCUGGACCCAAUGGUGGCGCAUCUACCUGGGCUUUGGCAUACAGCACUCAAGCCGGAGGCCUCUACGACUUGAUGAUGUCAGGCUCCUGGGAGGACCAAAAGGCAGCGAGUACAAAAGCAGGGAUCAUUGGUGGUGUUUGUGCCGCCAUCGCUGUUGUGCUUGGUGUCGCCGGCUUUUUCUACUGGCGCCGCAAGAAGCAACAGCGAGAAGCAAGGAAGGCUGAAGAGCCUCAAUAUCCCGGUACCAAGUUGGAGCCUCUUGACGGAAACACUCUCCCUCCUCCUCCUCCUCCAGGUAAUAACCAGGUCAGCGGAUUCAGUAGUGCACCCAUCUUGGAAUCACCACUUCCAUCUCUUCCACCAGACUCCCAAGGUCAACCCCAGCACCAGUCUCAGCCAUACCCCUCGCAAUAUCCUCAGCAGUUCUCCCAGUCGUACCCUCAGCAAUUCCCUCAACAAUUCCCUCAACAGUACUCGCAGCAGCAAUUUUCACAGCAAUUUCCUCAACAAGGUCCCCACCCUGGUCAGCCUAACCCAAUAUUCAAUACGACUCAACCAAUUCCCUCCGCGUCGUCACAGUCCUUCAGUGCCCUAACCCAACCCAGCUAUCAGCAACAACCUUCACCCUCGACAACAACAACUUCAACUCCAACUGCAGCUACAAACGCGCCUAGUUUCAAUGCCAACGCCAAUUCUGCACAGCAGCUCCAGGAUAUUCAGUUCUCGACCCACCCUAGACCCAACUUCACCACCAUGGCUGACGGAGGUAAUUCGUAG